AACAUUUCUUUUAGGUAUUCCUGGGGAACACCGACGACCAUGGCAUCGUCAAACAUGGAAUGAGCCACGAAAUAAAAGCUCGUUAUGUCAGGUUUCUUUCUGUCACGUGGUUUAAUCACGUGUGCAUGAAAGUUGAACUGUAUGGUUAUCAAGUUUGUGGCUUCCCUCUUGGUGUGAAUAAUGGCGAAUUGUUGGACGAUUUAUUCACAGCCAGUAGUUACAACGUUAACAACGAGCCUUGGAGUGCACGACUAAACCGCGUGAUUGGUGGUGGAGGCUGGUGCGCUGCCAACAACAUAACAGGAGAAUAUCUACUUAUUGACCUGGGAGAAAAGAAAAGAGUGACUGGGAUAUCGACCCAAGGAAAGCAUGGAAAGGAUGCAAAGUGGGUCACAGAAUAUACGGUGUCCUCGGCAAAUGGAUUGGACAAUUUGCAACCUUACAUGGUUGAUGGCAAUAUCAAGGUUUUGCGUAUCUUAAGCUUACUUAUCUAAAGAGGAACAGUUAGAGUUGAAUGGGUUGGCUCGAGCCUUUUACCCAGCCGCUUCCUGUACUUCUCUGAUUUCUGAA